AUGAGCAGAAGGUUGAGUCAGAGUCCGAGGCGAAUUCGGAGGAAGGAGAAGAAAGAAGGUCAUGACGAGGAGGAGGUUGUAGAUGAUGAUGAGGAGGAGGAGGACGACGACGACGACGACGACGAGGAGGAGGAGGAGGAUGAGGAGGAAGAGGACGACGACGACGAGGACGAGGAGGAGGAGGAGUCAGAGUCAGAUUCAGAAUCAGAGUCAGAGUCGGAAGAAGAGGAGGAGGAGAAAAAUGAAGAUUCUGACGACGAUGAGUUUGGUAAUGAUGACGAGGAUGAUGACGAGGAGGUGAAGGAGGAGGCGACUGUUGGUGUUGAUGGUUGUGCUGGUUGCGCCGGAUGUUUGGGUUGA